GGACUAGGGGACUCCGCCAUUUGCUUACACCUGGUUUCCUCAUCCCUUCUCGCUACAAAGGGUGCAAACCCUAUCCUUCUACCAAAUCGCAAGACAAGAUCACGCGAGAUUGUCUACAGAGAGGGCAUCGCGAACCUGUCUAAAUCGGCGGCCGAAAACCCGAGGAACAGGACGGAUUGUUAUAAUAUGGAUAGGAUCAGUGUGUUGCCUGAUGAAUUGCUGUUGCGGAUUCUUUCGCUGGUUCCGAUGAAAGAUGUCGUUAGAACUAUGAUUUUGUCUAAACGAUGGCAGUCUCUGUGGACGAUGGUGCCGAAACUUGAGUAUAAUUGUGUGGGCCACAAGACUGAACACGAAAUUUUCACGGAGUUUGUUUACCGGUCUUUGCUAUUGAAUAGGGCUCCAAUCCUUGAAAAUUGAGAUGUGUCCUGCCGGCGUUGUCUUCCAUAAGCUUGUUCAUCUCGAGCUAUACACACGUGAGAAAGACUGGUGUGAUGUACUUGU